UCUGCCUGCCAUAAGGUAAAAUAACCCAAAGAUUCCAUGAAUUAUCCAUGUCUUCCAAGGCUGUCAGUUUCCAGUACGGUCUCUUCCCCGUGCUAGAGCAGGAGUGUUAGUGUCAGUCAGUCAUGCGUAUAUCCCACAGGCUUUCAAACGUCCAAUUAUAUCCCGGACCGCCAAACUGCAAAGAAGUGAAGCAGAGCAGCAACCUCUAGUUCUCCAUAGGCGAUGCGAGUCACCCAUCCAAACGCGGCACCUACAAGCAGCCAAUUAGAACCAGCCGUUGGCAGCCGCCAAUCUACGGAUAUAUCUCUAUUCGCAAGAAAAACUGUUUGAGGCCUCCUGUAUGCAACAGCGCUCAGACACACGAAGUGGCAGUGAAUUGAGUGGUCUGUAGCGCAUCUCAAUAAAGCCUCUUGUCACAAGGCUAUAAGAAAAUUCGUGUCCAUGAUUUAGUGGCCGCGGGAAGUAUGUGCAAGGAUAGAAAGGGACACUUGCGCUGGCUGCGUGCCUCAAAGGGCUUUCUUCUUUCACAGCUCAAAGUGAUAAAGCCAAAAAAAAAACCUAUAUAUAUGAGCUACCACUGCAGGAAACAUGGCAGAUCCAAGAGAGAGUUUCGACUGGGGAGGGAUCAGGAAUAGAAGAGGAAUGGGAGCAAAAUCUGCUGUGAGUGGCACGACCAGAACCUGGCAGCCUAACAGAGUUGUUCAGUACACGGCGAUGGGUAAAGUAGAAAAACCACCUCCCCUUGAUCAACCCAGUGGCACAUUAGUCGCCUCGAUAACCGUUGAUACAUCAGCCAGCGUCGGAACUCAAUCCCCGAGAAUCACAGGAACCGAAUUGGUCGGAUCGUAUAAUUGGUUGGAUAGCAAGAUACCAACUAUACUAAUCCCAGGAGCGCCCCCGAAGUGGACUCCGUUGAGAGGGGGCGUGCAGCUCAAAGAAGACGCAGGCGAUUACUUUCGGGAGCCAAACAGCGCGAGAUGGCCGAAAUACCCAAUCGAGCCUGCAAUCCGAGCUGUAUUCGAUCGGAAUCCCAAAUUUAACGGUAAAACGAUCAACAUCGUUACCUGUGCCGGAAUGAUGGGAUGUCUUUUCAAAUUUGCCUCGUCAGCCGAAUGGGAGUUCCAGUGCUUUGUCCAUCGAGUGGGGGACACUCUUUUCUUGGUGCGUAAGGAACGUACGCCCAAGGAGCUGAUCCAAGGUGUCUACGGAUAUGGACACACAUUCCCUGAAGCAUAUACCAGUUGGCAUAAAAGUGUGAAAGGCUCAGCAACCAACCAACGAAUCAUUCGUUACGAAUUUGGCGGCCUCACCUUCCUCGUCCGCUUUGAAGCAGAUGGGUAUUUGGGUGGGAUGAUAGGGAUCGAGGUGAAAACGCAAGAAAAGAAGACGCCAACAAGCCAGAAAGGACUCAGUGACAUGGAUGUCCUUUCUCAAAAUACAGAAUCCGUCACAAUUGGGAAAAUAGGUUCUGGGAAUACCGCGACUUUGAAGCUCCAACAUGCCGGAUUUGAUGUGCCACAGUCCGCCGUAUUUGACGUGAAAACCCGUAUCCGCAGGAGGGAAAUAAGUAUGCCUGAAUCUCUACCACGCUUAUGGGCGCGUCAGAUUCCAAAUUUUGUCGUUGGUUAUCAUGACGACGGGUUCUUCGACCGAGAUCACAUUCUGGUCAUGCCGAUGAAGGAAAGGAUUGAUGCUUGGGAAAUGGAAAACGAAAAGGUUCUCCUACGGCUCACCAAAGUCUUUGAGAGCUUGAUAAAAAGCGUCAAGGAGUCGGAAGUUAAAAAUUUGUUGGUUCAUAGAGCGAAAGACGGUCCGCUGGAACUAUGGGAAACAAAAGAGAGCCGCAGGCCUGCGAUGACUCGUGCACUAGAGGCCAAAUGGAAGGGGUGUGGUGAGGUGAUUAAUAAUAGCAGCGACGAUGAUGAUGACGAUGGCAAUGAGUAUCUGCUUUUUUGAAAUCGAAAUAUAGCCCUUUCUAACUCUUCAAUUUGAUUAUUGUGUUUCAUCUAAUAUGGAUUAAAUCCAGACUCGACCACUUUUCUUUGGUCAAGUUCUGAUAAUAACCUCCUGUUUAUGUGAGCUUAUAAUUCGUUAUGCCCUUAAUUCCAGAUACCAUUAUUGCUUCAAGAAAAGUUUCGUGCCAUUUUCUCUACCUUGAACAUGUACCAAAAGUAUUUGCCUCUGUGCGACGUCUGCUGUCAGCUCUUUAACCGCCGAUAGACAUGGAUUUGGAAUCUCAUAUCCUCCAAGCCAAUUCCAUCACCAACUUGAUAUUUUAAUAGGGACGCAUCCCUCCGGAACCACCGAGAAUCAUCUGACACAACGCGUGCCCAAUUGCCAUCAGCUACGGAAAGCAGAGCAUGGUCAAGAAGAAAACGCAUUGGGUAGUUCCUCUGUUUUUUUGUAUUAUCUGCAGAUACAUUGACAUCUUGACGCGUUGUACCGUCUUCGUCGGAAGGAAGGGAUGUACUGGAUGUAGACGAUUGUUGCGUGGGACGCCCGCUUUUAGUAGCAAAGGUGACGGUUGAAUAACUUCCGGGACUAUCAACAACGAGCAGUAUUGUCCCAGGGCGUAGCAUAUCCGUUAACCGAAGUAGGAAUGCUGUCGUCUUUGGUAUCGAGGUGGAGAACAGCUCGUUUAAAGUGAACAUCAGAGUAACCAGCAUAGCUUCGUUUCGAUCCAUCGUUAUUUUAUCCAAGUCCAUAUCGCCAUUGAUGUCGUUCGAUGGUGGAGUUAGCAAGGAAAACAGUUCCUGAUCUGUGAGGCUCAAUACGUCCGCUUUCUUAAAAAAGACACGAAAUCGCCCAUCCCCUGGACUCCGCGUACCCUUGCAAGAAACCAACGGCGCAGGACAAGCUUUAGACGAUGGUAUAGACUCAGACAACAUAGCUUUGUUUAAGGUGUUCACAAGGGAAGACCAGUCUGCAAUAUCAAUAGACGUGAUUGACAGGUCUUGGAACGGGUGCUGGCCUGAAGGUUUCGUAUUAGCGCCGUCAACUCGAUCCUCUUCGGAAUGGUCGAUAUCUGGGAUGUUUGCGGACUGCAUUUCAAUUCCCAGCGAAGAAAUUCCGGCUUCGCGAUUCGAGUUGACGGCUUCUGAGGCGGCUUCUGAGGCAGCUCCUGAGGCACUGGAUAUGCGCCCAAGGCCCCCAUCAUUCAGCCAUCUCCAUGCCGCAGCCAACCCGACGAUCUCUGCUCCCGCACCGCCUCCAAUACAGACGAUAUGCUGCCCAAUUGUGUCGCUUCCAGCACCCGCAAUGCGAUGCUGAAUAAUCAUCUCGAGAACAGAUGCAAAUAUCCCUGCGUAACCUAACGCCCUUCCUGCGCUCCAACGCAGGGCGUAUGCUUUGAGCAACUCUUCAUUCGCAUCGGCAAAGGCAGACAAAAAGUCGCGAUUAUAAAGAUGGGUCUUCAAUAUUUGGACCAGUUCUGAUAGAGGCCGUGACAGUGGAUCUGGCUCGCAAGCUCUAUCAGAGCAGAGGCCCGAUUGGAAAACGUUGAGAAGCAAUUGCUGGAGUGAAAUUGGUAGCUGUGUCGCUUCCAGCAACAAUCUACUAUUUCUAUCAUCAGAAGCAGAGAGUAUCCUCGUCGUUCUCGCGCCUUUGCUUGAGGAUUUCCCACUGCUUUUGACGCUGUCGGGUUUAUGUGCCGUUCUGGGAGCGGUUUUGGAUUUAACACUAUUCUUCCCUUUGGACUUUUGCACAUCCUUCCCACGUCGAUUUGACGCAGCCAUUUUUCGAAUUACCUUACGAAUAUUCUCCCAUACCACGCCCAAAUGUGCAAUUUUACAUGAGACAAAAAUUUUCUGGAUGUGGCUCCCAUUUUUGCCAAGGAAUCCAAGCCUUCACACAGGCCAAUUGACUGGCUGUAAGUAUAUGAACAGUCUUACUAGUCCGGGCUUGAAAUGCUCAAGGCGCUGCGAAAAGUUGUCUCACACUAAGCAUUUAUCCUGAAAUAUGAUUACUA